AAACCGCCUGAGAUUUACAGCCCGGUGCGUCCCGCGCAGCCGACCUUCGUUUCGCCCCAGCUGCCAGAGAUCCUCAGUCAAGAACCUUGAGUUGCCAAGAUGAAGAGGGAAAUUGUGGUUUGGAUUUUCCUACUGUUGACUAGUGCCAUUGGAGUGUUUCAUUCAUAUUCAUGGAUUUCAUCUGUGUACCAUGAGUCCUGUCGCCCUCGAGAGAACCAAAGUCUUUGUGCAUGUAACACAUGUAUAACAGAGUAUGAGCCAUGGUUGAGUGAGUUGAUGAAAGCCUCACCGGAGCCCUUUUUGACACCAAAAAACAAUAUCUCAGAGGAGGACUUUAAAUGGUGGAGGGGAAUACAGUUUGACAGACGUGACUUCAAUGUGUACAAAAAAAACAGCGGAGAAAGUGUUUCAGAUGUUCCCUCGCAGUAUUGAUAUGCCAAAACCCAGCCCCAAUUGCUGCAGGACUUGUGCGGUUGUGGGAAAUUCUGGUAAUUUGAACGGAUCACACUACGGACCUCUAAUAGAUUUGCAUGAUACCGUCAUAAGAAUCAACGGAGGCCCAACCAAAGGCUAUGAGAGAGAUGUAGGAAACAAAACCACACAUCGGGCGAUGUUUCCAGUGAGUGCUACUAAUCUGGACAACAGCACUCAUCUUGUGCUGUUCCCAUUCAAGAUAAAGGAUUUAGAGUGGCUCAUCGAUGCUUUCGCUGCAAGGUAUAGAAAAGAUACAAAUGAACAAAAAGGCUUGAAAGCUAACAAAGAUUUGGUGAUGAUCCUCAGUCCAGCUUUCAUGAAAUACGUUCAUUUGAAUUGGCUCAAGAAGAAGGGCCAAUAUCCAUCCACUGGGAUUAUGACUGUGAUUUUCAGCAUCUUCAUGUGCGAUAAGGUCAGUGUGUUCGGGUUUGGAGCAGAUAAAGAUGGAAUAUGGAACCAUUACUUUGAAGAAGUACUUAAUUUGAGUCUAAAGAGAAAAACUGGCAAUCAUCCUGGAUCGGUGGAGGCUGAAAUUAUUAAUGAACUAUUUAAGCGAAAGAAAAUUUAUUUAUACAGAGGAUGGUGAAUGUUGACAUACAGUAAGGAUCACCUACGACUUUAUUUAUAAAUUACGGUCAUUUUACCAGAAAAAAGGGCAGUUUGGUGUGGUAGUAGAAAUGAAGUAGUUUUUCUAUUUCACACAUGUUUAUUGUUAUCGCAUUUGCAUGUAGGUUUGGAAACUUGUCUUAGAAUCAAGUCUAUUGUCCUUCAGUACAAGUGUUUCCUGUUUUGUAUUUACUGUAAAGGUCCCAUAUCAUGCUAUUUUUAGGCAAUAGCAUAGGUCUCAGAUAUAUAGAAAUAUAUAAAAAAACAUGUCUAUGAAGUGUUUUGCUCAAAAUACC